CACAAUUUACAAACAACAUUACUUCUCUUUACUUCUCUCUCUCUCUCUCAUAAACUUCAUAACUUCUCUGUCCCAAGAAAUUUAAACUUUUUCAAGUUUGAUACACCGACAAAAAAAAAAAAAAAACUAAUCAUAAUAAAGAUGCAAAUGCUAAGAACCCUGAGCACGAGGUCAAGGAGCCGUCGCAGCGGAUACGAGCUUGUAGGUGAUAGUUAUCUCGGAGCAAAGCUAAGGAGGUCGACGAGCGUCCCAUACUAUGCUCCAUCGAUAAGGCUUGGUGGAGGUUUACCGGCGGCGAUCUUGGAAGAGCUUCCACGACAAAAGUCAAAGAAGACGGUGGUGACAAGCAAAUCUAGUCAUCCAAUCUUUAGUUUAUUUCACCGUAGCAAGAAGAAAGCGACGGCUAAACCAGAGUUUUCUAGGUAUGCUGAGUACCUUAGAGAAGGUGGAAUGUGGGAUUUGAGAACUAAUACUCCUGUUAUCUACUUUAAGUAGAUGUUUUGUGUAUAUCUGUUUUGGUUACUGUUCAUUUAUUAUUUCAUUUGCGAUAUCGUUGUUAAUUAUAAGAAUUUUCUUUGAAGGUUUUUUUCCAAGAUCAAGUGGGAUGAACUAGCUAAAGCUUAUAUAUAUCACCAAAAGUAAUUU